AUGGACCAGCAGCGACCAGCGUCCCAAAAGUAUCCGGCCGGCCUGGCUGGCGUACUAAACUCACCAGAGGACAACCGUGACUCGGCUUACUUUUCGAGUACAGACGCCUCGAGUAAACAUACUUCAGCUGCGUCUGGGAUGGGCGUGCUUAGCCCCCCAAACUCGGGCUUCCAGCCCUCGCCCGUCGACAAGACGCCGUCACCGACGUCAACAGCGAACCAUCUACUUCCGCAGCCACUUGUGUCUCCGACAACGAGCAAUGGCAACAUGAGCGUCGCGUCCAUGGUCUCACCCUCGACCCCUGGGAGCGCCGAUCCGCGUCGUUUCGACCGAACUCAGUCUAUGGACUCGGCACCUAGCAGCGCCGGCUUCGCUACUGCCGACACCCCGGAGGCGCUCUCGAGGAGGGAGAGCGUGGACAGUAGGAUUAACCAAGGUUUUCACGACAUGCGGCUGGGCAACUCGCCAUACGCGAGCCACAAUCAGUCAAGCACAUCGAUCCAUACAACCCUGCAGCAACAGAGGAAUCCGCGACAAGGCCUCGAUACCCUGUCCGUUCACCGCAUCUCCAAUGGCUACCAACCAAGCGCCGAGCGAAACCCCGACGGCCAUCCUAAGACGAUGAGGAUUGCGCCCGCCAUCACUGGGCCUGCCACGAGCCAAAUCGCCCGCGCUGCGGAGCCGACCAAGGGCCAGGCGUGGGCUUUCCCCGAAGAAGAGAUCCAGCGUGUGCCUUCAACAGCCGGCACCUCGCUAAUCGACUCAAGGCGGAGCAGCAUUGCAGAGUCAUUCGCCAGUAGCCAUUUGACGUCCGAGUCCCGACUUCCACCAGGACAGAGACGUUUGGAGGAGAACCUGAGCCCGUACCAAAGGCUAUCCAACGCGUCGGGCGAGUAUUCAACGGUGCAUCAUCACACGCUCCAACACAAGCAAGUCGGGGACUUGCGGAGUGAGGAAGUAGGAGGACAUGCCGGCACGCAGCCAUACAGCAGGACACCCGAACUGCGUGUGAGCCACAAACUAGCCGAACGGAAACGGCGUACGGAAAUGAAAGAGCUGUUUGACCAACUCCGGGACUUGAUGCCCCAAGAGAGGGGAUCAAAGGCUUCCAAGUGGGAGAUUCUUACGAAAGCCAUCUCUGAACACCAACGCCAGAGCGACCUCAUCAGGCAGCUCCAAUCGGUGAACGCGUCGCAACAAAACGAAAUCGAGAUGCUCCGGCGCGAGAUGGAGCGCAUGCAUGGGUCACAACCCGCGCGACCAGUAACGGACCCCUACGCCCAGGACCAGUAUGGCCGGCCGCGGCCGCCAGAGCUGCCCCCUCUCCGGUCACUGCAAUCGACCACGGGACAGCCCGCAGCACCGGAGUCCAUGACAGGCGUGCAAUACGAAUCGUCAUCACGAGUAAAUGGUUUUCGACCUGCUGAGCCCACCAGGUUUUAA